AUGAAGAUGCCUGAGAGUGAUAAACUUGACUUGAGUGAUAUCUCGGCUGAAACCAAAGAAAUUGCCGAUAAUGCCCGUAAAGCUUUAAUUCAAGACGAAGAUCUGCCUUAUGAAGAAGACAUUCUCAAGAAUCCAUGUUCGUUACGAAGUUGGCAACGGUACAUUGAUCACAAGAAAAAAACUAAGGCUCAUUGGAAGCAAACUUGCCAGGUUUAUGAAAGAGCAUUAAAGAUAUUUGAACGUAGCUAUAAGCUUUGGUAUCAAUACUUAAGGUAUCGUAGACGAAUAAUCAACCACAAAUGUCCAACAGAUGCGUCUUGGCAGCAUCUUUGUGAUGCCUAUGAGCGAUGUUUGAUUCACUUACACAAGAUGCCUCGUAUUUGGAUGGAUUAUUGCGGUAUUAUGGCAAAACGUCGUCUCAUCACUGAAACAAGGCGUGUAUUUGAUCGAGCACUGAGAGCUUUGCCCGUAACUCAGCACAUGCGUAUAUGGCCUAUAUAUAUAGAGUUUCUAACAAGCCAUUCUGUACCAGAAACGACUAUCCGUGUUUAUAGAAGAUAUCUCAAACUUAACCCACGAGCGAGAGAGGAGUAUGUUGUUUACUUGAAGUCAAUCGACCAACUUGAUGAAGCAGCAAAACAGUUAGCCAUUCUUGUAAAUGAGGACAAACCAAUAAGUGAACAAGGAAAAACUGCUCAUCAGCUAUGGUCAGAGCUAUGUGAAUUGAUUUCGAAAAAUCCAACAAAAGUGCACUCGCUCCAAGUGGAUGCUAUUAUGCGCCAAGGUAUCAGCAAAUAUUCUGACCAAGUUGGUGUCUUAUGGUGUUCGCUAGCCGAGUAUUAUAUAAGAGGAGGACAGUUUGAAAAAGCUCGUGAUGUUUAUGAGGAGGCCAUGUCAACUGUUCGAACUGUUCGUGAUUUCACUCAAAUUUUCGAUGCAUACGCCAAAUUUGAAGAGAGAGAGACCGCUGCUAGGAUGGAUGAUAUUGAGGAAGGCGAUGAUGAAGCUGAACUUGAACUCGAGUGGAUGUUUGCGAGAUUCGAACAUCUUAUGGGCCGUCGUCAGCUAUUGCUGAAUAGUGUUCUGUUGAGACAAAACCCUCAUAAUUGUCAUGAGUGGUUGAACAGGGUGAAGUUAUAUGAAGGGCGUCCCGAAAAGCAAAUUGAAACUUUUUUGGAAGCUGUAAAAACCAUCAAUCCUAAAUUGCAAGUGGGCAAGCUGAAUGUAGUAUGGGUUGAGUUUGCCAAGUUCUACGAGGGGGGUGGUCAAUUAGAGGAUGCUCGAAGUAUUUUUGAAAAAGCACUACAGACGCCAUACGUGAAAGUUGAUGAGCUAGCUAUUGUUUGGACCGAGUAUGCUGAGAUGGAGUUAAGAAACAAACAUGCAGACAAAGCUAUACACAUUAUGAAGAGGGCUUGUGCUGCUCCCCCUCGCAAAACAAAUUUCUUCGACGAGACUGAAACUGUUCAAAACAGAGUCUACAAAAGUUUACGAGUUUGGUCUAUGUAUGCGGAUUUAGAAGAAAGCUUCGGAACAAUCGAAGGCACAAAAGCCGUCUACGAGAGGAUUUUGGAUCUCCGUAUAUCAACCCCCCAAAUUGUCAUCAAUUAUGCAGUAUUUCUUGAGGAACAUGAGUAUUUUGAAAAUGCUUUCAAGGCAUACGAGCGUGGAAUAGCAUUGUUUAAAUGGCCAAAUGUGUACGAUAUUUGGAAUUUGUACUUAACCAAGUUCAUUAAGCGAUACGGUGGUAAAAAAUUGGAGCGAGCGAGAGAUUUGUUCGAACAAUGUUUAGAGUCAUGUCCUGCGAAGUUUGCGAAAAACAUUUUCUUGUUGUAUGCCAAGUUGGAAGAAGAACAUGGCUUGGCUAGACAUGCCAUGUCUAUUUAUAAUCGAGCUACCAAUGCGGUCGAGAAAGAAGAAAUGUAUGCCAUGUUCAACAUAUACAUCAAGAAAGCUGCUGAAUUAUAUGGUUUACCUCAUACGCGGCCUAUAUACGAGCAUGCUAUCAAUAUGCUUCCCGAAAACAGAUCUCGUGAUAUGAGUAUGCGAUAUGCUCAAAUGGAGAGAGCCUUGGGAGAAAUUGAUCGUGCCCGUGCCGUUUAUGCUCAUUGCUCUGAGAUUUGUGAUCCAAGAGUCCACGGUCAAUUCUGGGAAACAUGGAAAGAGUUUGAAGUUAAGCAUGGAAAUGAAGAUACUGUCCGCGAUAUGUUGCGCAUCAAGAGAUCUGUACAAGCUACCUACAAUACUAAUGUUAACUAUAUGUCUGCACAAAUGAUUGCUGCUGGUGGUGUUCAAGUACCCGGAGAUGGCAAAACAGCUGGGGAUUCUAUGGCAAUGCUCGAAGCUCAAGCCAUACAGGUCGCUGAACAACAAAAGGGUGGCAACAUUGCUUUCGUUCGAGGAGCCAGCAAGACGACACAACAAGACACCACGGAAAAUCCUGAUGAAAUUGAUAUCGAUGAUGACGACGACGACGGAGAUGAGGAAGAGGAUGACAAAGAUAUUGAUACUCAAACGGUACCGGCAGCCGUUUUUGGUGGAUUGGCACCACAAACAUGA